AUGGCCGCCCUCGCAGACUCGUUCUCAGAGAUCGCGGCGGCGCUGCCCGAUGCUGCGGCGCGGCGCGCGGUGUUUGUGCCCGGGGACCGUGUUGUGGUGAUCAGCGGUGAUCUGGUCAACCUGGAGGGGGUGGUCACAAAGGUUGACGAGGGUGAGGGCGGGCUGGUCCACGUGCGGAGUGUGGGCGGGGACGGCGUCGACGAGGUGGAGCUGCCGCUGGCGCCAUCAGAGAUCAUGAAGGCCUUCAGGGUGGGCGACCGCGUGCGCGUGCUCAGCGGCCCCCACAAGGGCGAGGCCGGCAUCGUGGUCAAGGUGGAGCGCGGGGUGUGCGCCGUGGUGGGGGACACCACCAAGGCCCAGUUCAGGGUCAACGCGCGCGACCUCACAGAGGGAGUCGACACGGCGCCCGGGAACGAGGUCCUGGGUGACAAGUACCAGCUCCACGACCUGGUGCAGCUGGACGCACAGACCGCGGGGGUCAUCGUCAGCGUGGAGAGGGGCGCGGCGCGCGUGCUCACAAACCAGGGCACGGCCGGGGCGCCGGACGUGCGGGUCUGCAAGGUGGGCGAGCCAGGGGAUGGGGCAUGA